CCCGCGUUUAACCCGAGACCGGGAAAGCAAAGUAAGCUUCUCGCGCCGCUCAGAAACAGGCAGCGUCGGGCGAGGGUGCGUCGGGGGGCGGGGUCUGUCUCCCUCCCAGCCAAUGGCAAAGGGUGUGGACGGGCGCGCGCGUGCCGCGAGAUCCAGUUCCGGCGGGCUGGCUGGCGGCGGCGCCCCCUCAGGGCCAUGGAUCCCGCCGAGGCCGAGUUCCUGGCCGAGAAGGAGCUGGUGACCGUCAUCCCCAACUUCAGCCUGGACCGCAUCUACCUCAUCGGGGGGGAUUUGGGUCCCUUUAAUCCUGGCUUGCCUGUGGAAGUGCCUCUUUGGCUAGCUGUUAACCUAAAACAGAGACAGAAGUGUCGGCUAAUACCUCCUGAAUGGAUGGAUGCUGAAAAGCUGGAGGAAAUCCGGGAUCAGGAACGCAAAGAGGACACUUUCACUCCAAUGCCCAGUCCCUACUACAUGGAACUAACUAAGCUGCUGUUAAACUAUGCCUCAGAUAGCAUCCCGAAAGCAGAUGAAAUCCGAACACUGGUUAAGGAUACCUGGGAUACACGGCUAGCUAAACUGCGGCUGUCUGCGGACAGCUUUGUCAGACAGCAGGAGGCCCAUGCCAAGCUGGAUAAUCUGACCUUGAUGGAGAUCAACACCACUGGGACUUUUCUUACUCAAGCCUUAGAUCACAUGUACAAGCUACGCACAAACCUUCAGCCGGGUGAGAGUGCCCAGACCCAGGAUUUCUAAGAUGCCUUCUGACAGUCUAAAACCCUCAUGGGAUGAGGCAAUAAUAGUAGGAGGACUCUGCCCUCUGGACACUAUUAAUGAGUCCUAAUGGAACUUGCCUUAUGCUGUUUUUAUGCCUUAAAUGCCCUGUAUAGAUCUCUGCUAAAAACCGUGCAAGUCUUAUACAUUUCCUGUCAAUUGUAUCUAACUUGAGGCUCUGUGGUGUUUGCAUGAAGGCUGGUUUCCCUCAGUUUGCGUGCAGGCAAUAGAAAGAAGGCAGCCUUGUGGCUGCAUAUUAAUAAGUUGAGGACUGCUGAUGGCACAGAGGGCAUUCCCUGCUCAGCAGCUCUCGUGAACAGCUUCUGCUCUAUAAUGAGCAUCUUUGGCAAAACAAAUGAUUCUACCUGGCAGAACUCUUCCAGCCCCUGUGCAGCUGUCUUUGCAAGAUGAAUUGGUUGCAGCAGUUAGAUGCUGUGGGGAGGUUUUUCUUGUUAUUGCCUUAUUGGAGGGAUUUUUUAUAUCUCUUAAAUGAUAUGUAGCAGCAAUAAAUAUGCUCUUAGUUUAGUGUUUUGUUCUUCUCCUUCCUCUGGUUGUCUAAAGCCUGGCUGAGGAAGAUCACAGAAUAGGACUGUUUUAAACACCUGGAUGCACAGCAGUCCUGUGGCUUCCCUGGGGUACAGAGUGAUAUAUGGAUUUUAACCCAGCUCUACUGCAUGGUGAGGCUUGUUUCUUCAACUGGGCCAUCACUUACAACAUAUAUUCAUCUCUGAGCACAGCUGAUAGAUGAGGUCACGUGGCUGGCUGGCCAAGGCCAUUUAAGUGCACUGUUCUCUCUCUGUGCGCUUGUAGCUUUGUAUUUCUCCCUCAGUGGGAAGAUACAGCUUUAAAGAGAACAUGCACUACCUCAUUUGGUUCAGAUACUGCUCCUAGCAGGCCACUGAGAUUCUGUGUGGAUACAGCUGUGGCAGGUGGUGGCUUACCAGCAGCAUUUCUCUCAUUUAUACUAAGAAAAAACAAUCCCUUUGUUGGUUUUCCUGAAUAUGAGUAUUAUCAUAACAAUAAUCUCUGCAACAGAGAGAAUAUUAGGUGGCAUUCAUAGAGCCUGUUCCUGGACGCUGCAGGGAUAGGUGAUAGUUUGAAAGCAAAAGAUUAUGAUGUAGCUUAGCUCCCACUGCACUGAAUCUAAUCUUUAAUUAAUGCCAGUUGCUGUGCUAGGCUCUGUGUGGAUAGCAGUAAAGAGGAGAACCUAGCCAAUCUGCUGGCUGUUUGGAAGACUAAGAAGUGGGUUCAAAAACCAGUUGGAGGAGCGGAAGGAAAUAUUCCUGGUAGUUGGAAGACCUAUCACGGUGAUGUAUUGUUCAUUUGAUCUUUUGACUGAAGUUACUAUUUGUUUAAAAAAAAAAAAUCAUGCAUAUAAAAGUGAACUGUCUGUCGGAGGAAUAAGACUCCUUUUCCUUUAACAUCCACUGGUACACUAAUUGUGUGAAGAUCUAGAUGCUAUUGUGUGAAAACAUCUCCUCUUCUCUUGCCCUUUGCAGCUGACAUUAGGGGCCUUGUCUAUCUCAGAAUCUAUAAACUAGUCUUACUGUUGGCUUUAGGCUCAGUUAUAGCACUUGCAUCACUGUGAACACCACAAGGAAUCAAAUGUAGCUGACUGUGUGUGUAUGGGGGCUGCCCUUCACUCAAUGGAACGCAAGUCUGUUAUCCAUGGCUCUCAUCAGGCAGCAGUAUUUAAUCACCAUAAUGUUCCCCAUGUCUUCAGACAAAUGUUUCCCUACUGCCUUUACUCAAACAUUGAAUGGUCUUCCAGAUAUCUCCCACCAUCUACUCCCUUCUGAGCUUCCCCUAUGCUGUUUUUGCUAUCCCAUUCUCUUUUAUGUAGUCUCUGGUUAACUUGUAUGUAUCUCAUUAUAGUGAGGUGGUUCAGAGUGAAGUGGCCUAUGUAUCUGAUGAUGGAACAGGAGGUAGGAUACUCUGGACUGACUUGAUCCUUCUGAAAUAACGAAUCCCCUGACUUAAAACAGCUUGUAGAGCCCAAGCUGGGCUGGGUGCUGGCUAAAUGCCAUGAUGUAGUGUCAACCACACAAUGCCUUUUUGCUGAAAUCUUGGAAAUGGCAGUGCAUUGCACAUGUUGUCCUUCACUCUGGAUCAGUGUAACUUUUCCAUCCACUAGUGGGAGGGAAAAACAAUCCUUUGCCAUGAUUUAGGCCAAUUUUAUUUUUUGGAUGUUGUCAGAAAUUACAGCAAUAUAUUCAUAAAUACCUAAUUACUACAUUCAACAAAUAAUAUAUUACAUUACAAUUAAUUCAAACAAGUACACUUAGAACAGGUUUAAUUUUUCUUUCACAGCAUCUAAACUGCCCCCAGCAGGCCUGGGCUUCCUCCCCCUCUGCCUCUCCCUCCCAUGCUCCGGUUUUUACUGCUCUAGCAAUUCUGCACAGGGUACAUACAAAUAAACACAACCAGUCAACAUGGCCCUUGGGGCAGGGGAGAGGAGGGGAGUAUUACUGAGACUUUUUAAGCAGUGGGUCAAGAAGUUGGUGAUUAGCUCCUUUCUCUAUUGGUAUUUGAGGAAUGGGGGAUAGGGGUGGAAUCAACACUCAAGUACAGGAAUUGUUGCAAAGCAAAGUUACAUUUUCAAACAGGCUCAUAAACAUUGCCAUCUGGUGGUGUGCUUGUGAACUCCCACUCUGCAGUGUAUUGAAAUUGAUAGAUAAACUGACAAUGAACUUUUUUAUCAUGGGCUGGGAGGGGAAGCAGUGAUUUAAACAUAAAGUGUAUUUUUCUGUGUUAAAAUUAUCAUGAAGUCUGAGAAUUGGCAGCUAGUAGGCCAAAGGCUUGCUAUGCAAUCUGGUUUAAAGAACUGUCAGCCAUAAGUGUAUUUUGCUUCUUAAACAGGUAAGUUAAACCAAGAAUUUGUGUGCUUUUUAAAUGCGCUUUUUUGCUCAUGCAAGAAUAGACCUUAAACACAAAGCAGUGGUAACUUCCUUUCUUUCUUUAAACUGAGCCCUACUCUUUUUAAAGAGCCUCCAAUAUUUAAAAUGCAAUUACGAUUAGAAAAGUGACUCUAAAAACAGCAUUACAUUGCGGCUUGGUGUAUUCUGAGUCAUAGCUGCCUCAUCUACUACUACCCACUCAACUUUUUUCUGCUGUCAGUCGUGUAGUAUUUACAAGACUGAACACCAGAAGCUAAAUUCUAGUUACCUCAGCAGCAGCAUUGCCAACUAAAUUCUGAUGCUAGAAUCUUUGAUUGCUGACAGUGUAUGAAGCAGGAAGGCUAUGGCUUUAGUUUCAGGUUAGCAGUAACCUACCUUGGCAUUAAAAAUGGGCUCGCUUUAAGUUGUAAAAAUAGGCAAGUCUGAUAACAAAAGCAUCAACUGAGAGUAAAUCUUUAAAACCACAUAGUAUUCUAGUCACUUGCCUGCUCAUAAUGGCACUUUAAAAAAGAUCUCUGCCCUCUGAGUGAAAGGAAAACUGCAGGCCUGUUGGUGUGAAGACAGUGCUAGUCAUGGAAGACAGAAGUUCCUUCAUGUAAAUACUCUGAAACCAGAGUGGCAUAAAUCAGCUCUGAAGUCAACUGUGCAGUGUAAUAUUUGCUGUUCUUCCUAUUAUAUAUGUUGAUGUAGUUUUGUCUGCUCUUCAGUCUCCCAGAGGGAAAAUAGUGUCAGCCCACCAGAAAAGAAGAAUCACACAUGAGCAGUCAUACAAUCCAUCAUUUCAGCUUUUUUGAUAAAGCUAAAUUGACACUAGUCAGCGACUGCUUUAUUUUCUUCCAUUUGCAAAAUGGAAUGGGCUUAAGAUAGCCAGGAGGUUUGCUGUUUGCACUGCCCUAAAAACCAGUACAAAAGGGGAAAAAAUAUAGAAUUGCAUGGCUUACCAUAGGCAUUAGUUUUAGCUUUCCUUUCUGGUCCUUUUCCUUAUUUAUUGUUCAUGCGGCAUUACAGCCUUAGCUUUAUUUAAUCUGAUUGUCAUGGGGGGAGGAAGGAGGGAAAAGAGCCUUCAAUGUGGAAACUGUAGCAGGGUUGCAAUUGGGUGUUUGUAGGAGCUAUGGCUAAAGGGAAAUCAUAGCUUCUAGGUGCUGCAUUUAACAACAGGUGGAUGUUACUUAAACAGUAGCACAUGGAUUUGCUUUUCCCUGUUCUGCCCUCAUAGUCACUCUGGCUAGCUCCUCAAUCAUGAGCUAUGCAAGAGCUUGAAGUAGCCAUCACUGCCAUCUGAGAACACAUAGGUGCAAAAUCUUCUAGGAAUGCAAUAGGCUAACUCUUGCCCUGCCUGAGAUUUAGUGGGCAGCAUGAAUGUUUCUUCUGAAAACCAGCAAUAGACUGAGGCUUUGUCUACACUGGAAACUGAACGAGUUCUGUUGUUCAGAGCUGUGAAAAAAACACACACCCCCUGAACAACAAAAGUUUUGCAGACAAAAAGCAGUGGUGUGAACAGCACUUUGUUGGCAGGAGAGCUCUUCCGCAGCUGAAGCUGCUUGCUGGGGGUGGAAGUUUUUUGUGAGUGGGAGAGCUCUCUCCUGUUGCCAAACAGCUGUGUUGCGUAGACAUAGCCUAAAUGGCUUGCCUUUUAAGUGUCGACUGUUAGAAACCUAAAGCAAAUAACAGGGAGGUGGAAGGCUAUGCACCUUGCCUAGAGCAUGUUGUGAUUACUAGAGGCUGUUUUUCCACUCCAAGUGCUUCACUGUUCCAACAGAACAGGUAUCUCUGGCUGUCUCUGUCUUCCAAAAUCUGCUAUUGAAGGAGACAUCUCCAAGUCUAGAGACAAAACAGUAGUACGUAGAUUUUGAUCAGAGAUGUCUGUGCUACUUUUGCCCUCAACUGUCCCAUGACUCCUUCCCUCAAGCUGUUGAGUAGGGGAAUGGGACAUGUACGCCUCUGGCCUUUCCUGUCUAAUUUACAGCUGAAAAUGAAGAGCCUGUUAGUGCUGUUCCUCCUGCUGCCACUUCAUCUUAAUUUAAGAUGAAAUAUUCCUGAUAACAUGCACAGCAAAUGCAAUAUUACUGCCAGCUGCUAGGAAGUAGGGGGAAGCAGAAGCCUAUUACCCACAGUAUCCCUCACCCAUCUAAGAAAUUAAUAAAAAACAAAAUUGGUUCCUGUGCACUGCUCAGAAAAGACUGAAUUUUGCCAGCAGCUGCCCCUUGGCUGCUUACAAGGAAUAGAGCUCAGCUAGGUUUGGGAUAACCCAACUGUAAACUGAACUUCAAGCAAGCUCUUUGUGAAGGAGGUCCUCCUAGUUCAGAAAUGUUAUUCAGAGGAAUAACUAACUGGAAGAGAAAGAAAGGGCAAGCUGGGAGAAUUUCUACUUCCUCCUCCCUAUUCCCACUGGUGUUUCUCAUGUGAAUAAAGAACAGGGGAAGUUCAGCUCAGUCUGCACUGCUUCCUCUCCUGUAGUUCUCUAACACCUCAUUGCUAACACAAGCAUUCUUCCCCGUUAAAACAUUUUUCUAGAGUACUCAUCAGAGCGCUGAAAGACAUCAGUAAAGCUGAAUCAUAGACCCCAAACAGUUCAUUUAGUUCCUGAACUUUUGUUCCCAACACAGACUUUUCCCCUCCCUUCCCCAUUUAGUAGGAGCUGGUCCUAUUUGUAAUGUAACUUUCGAAGAGCUUGAAGGGGAAAAAAAAUCCGUGAAAGGGCAGUAAGGAAUAAUUAAUUCCUCACCUUUUAGUAACAGAAUUUUCUGUACCAGUAACUGAUGCUACACAAAGCAAAAAACAGAAGUGAUAGCACAUGCCCCAGUGGAAAGCUUUUUUUUUUUUUUUUUUUUUAAAAACACUUCAAUAUUUUUCAUGUCCUGACCAGCAGCAGUACAAACACUAAAAGCAAGUUAUUUUGCCAAAAAAAAAAAAAAAAAAAAGCAGAAACAUAUUAAAAAUGGCAAGCUUUUUAUAACAAUAAUUAAAGUAAUAAAAACAUACAAAACUUUUUAAAUAUAUACACAGUACAAGGCUGAAGCACCUUUUUUGACUUUGUUUUUUUUUUAAUUGCAAAAUCGUUUGAGUUUGUAUGAAAAUUUUACCCACUAGGGUAUGUAAUUUGUGUGUGUCUCUCUCACUAGGUGUGUGCAUGUGUGUUGUACUGUACAUUCCGCUCCCUACCCCCCAAACAGUAAUAAAAGGUACCUUCGGUUUGUUUA